AUGCAACGCGGCGACCGCUACCCAGAAGAUUACGAACCCGAGCGCCGUUCUCGACCAGGUUCUCGCCGCAACAGCUCAUCUCUUUCCCGCAAAAACAGUAUCACGAAAGAGAAUGAGAGAAGGAAGACAUCUCCAACUGAAAGUGUCUCCCGAAGAAGCAGUGUGAACGAACCACCAAUACGAUCUCGUAGAAGUAGUGCGUCUAAUGAACCUUCGCGUGUUAAAUGCAUGAAUAGCGUGUCGAAAGAAAGGGAAGCAAAGAAGAAGUCGACUCUUAACACUGCUCCAUGUUCGAGUAAUUCCACACCUAAGAAAGUCACUAAGCAACUGGAAUUUAUUGUCACGGGAAAACAACUUUUAAAAAGGUUGCAUGUACAAUAUGCAGUGUCAGAUUUCGAGGACACGAACUCAAAGUACGGCAUCCAGAAGCAACCUGCUCCAAUAGCUACAUCAACACCGAAAUCAGCCCCAAAAAUCUUCCCGAAGUCCAGGAGCGCCUCGCUGCAUAGCCAGAUGAUCCAGAAGGUUGAAGCUUCUAGAAGAAAAAGAGAAGAACCGGGAAAGAAAAAAGGCAGUAGCAGCAGUUACUCUUGUAGCAGGGAUAGCUUCGUAACUUCGUCGGUUAAUAGCAAUUAUAGAUACGCACCGAGCACAGAACUGGACUACUCGUCAGUCUCUCCAGAAUAUUCUGGCCAGUCGUCAGCAGAUAUGUCUCCCAAGAGAUCCAUGAUGACCAGAGACGAAAUAUCGUCUAGAAGCCAGGAGUUGCAAUUCUCCAGCUGCUGUGUAUCAACGUGGCAGGAGUGCAGCGAGAGCACGGCCAUCGCCGACCGUACAGACGGAGAGUGGAGCACCUUCUGGGCCAAUUACAACAACAGCAUAGCCACAGUUCCGAUGAAAAACUAUUACGACCAGUGUCCGACACCUUAUAGGACUGAGAACAUCGAUUUGGCAGACUUAGAUUUCUCGGAAACAUCCAAAAAACGUUCCCCAGACGACCUCAAAAACUUAAGCUACAUUAUACGUAACGAGGGUUUACAUUUAUCACCUCGCGAAACGCAAAACAUCAUAAAAUGUGCCCACAUACUCGGCAACGUUCUAUCAAAAGCAAUAGAAAGACGAUCUAAGGAAAAAACAGACGAAGUUGACGACAAAGUACAAGAAAUUCACGACCUACACGCAGCAAAAGACUCAGAAGUGGAGAACAAAAAGAAAAACCUAACUUUAAACCUAAGAGAAACAGUAGCACCUUUAGAAGUGACCGAAGAAACAAAACAAUUGACAGUUACCACACAAACAGAUAUAUCAUUGCCAAACACGAAGACAGCUCCAAAAAUCUUCGAGAAAAUUCUAAGGCAGCUAUCCAAAACGUCUCUGGAAGAGAAUCUAGAGAAAAAGAAUGAAAAGGUGGAGAAUGGGGCGGAGAGCAAAGACGAUAAGAAAGAUGAAUAAAAUCUUUACAAUUUGUUAAGUAGGACG